GUGAGCGUUCAUUUGGCAGAAAUGGGCUGGACCACUACAACCUCCCAUUCAAUUCACUUUUGCAAACUAGCCCGGAGUUGUACAACGACCUGGGGAAAUAGACGAUAGGCUGGCUGAGAACUCAAGCACACGCCCGGCUUCAUUCUGAAGCCCAAACUGACGUGCUGACUUCGGGACUUUGUCAAAAAAAAAAAUGAGAUAGUAGAGAGAGAGAGUCACUACUGCCCAUAUGUUAACGAAGGCCAGAAAGUAUCACAAGAGAGUAUCGUUCUUCGAAGAGGAGGAUGAACAGUGCUGGAUAGAGGACAACGACGGUGUGAAUGCACAUGACCUAAUAUCCGACCAAAAAGUCCGGAACUCUUCGGGAUAUUGUGCUUAUAAUAUGAAAGGGGCGGCGGAACUUGAGCUCCCCGCCCACCGGCGGAUGACAGGGGCGCGGGAGAAGGGUCGUCGACCAGCGACGCGUGGGCCGGCCUUCAUGUUCAACGACCACACCACCAGCAUGACCGCCGAGGAGGAGCGCUUUCUGGACGCCGCCGAGUACGGCAACAUCCCUGUGGUCCGCAAGAUGCUGGAGGAGUCCACCACGCUCAAUGUCAACUGUGUGGACUACAUGGGCCAGAACGCAUUGCAGCUUGCGGUGGGCAACGAGCAUCUGGAGGUGAUGGAACUGCUUUUGCGGAGGGACAACCUGGCACGCAUCGGUGACGCCUUACUCCUGGCUAUCUCGAAAGGGUAUGUCAGGAUCGUGGAAGCCAUCUUGGCCCAUCCAUCCUUCCAAGCCAGCGGGCGGCUGACGCGGAGUCCGUGUGAGCUGCAGGACGAUGACUUCUACUCGUAUGACGAGGAUGGCACACGCUUCUCGCCCGACAUCACCCCCAUCAUUCUGGCUGCACACUGCCAGAAGUACGAGGUGGUACACAUGCUGCUGUUGAAGGGCGCGCGCAUCGAGCGGCCACAUGACUACUUUUGCAAGUGCCCAGAAUGCACCGAGAAACAGGGCAAAGACGCCUUCAGCCACUCACGUUUGCGCAUCAAUGCCUACCGGGGCCUGGCUAGCCCGGCUUACCUUUCGCUGUCUAGCGAGGACCCGGUGCUCACCGCGCUGGAGCUCAGCAAUGAACUGACCAAGUUGGCCGACAUCGAGAAGGAGUUCAAGGAUAAAAAGAGCCAUAAAAAAGAGACCAUGCAGCACAAUUGCUUCUCCCUGAAUGACUAUCGCAAGCUGUCCAUGCAGUGUAAGGACUUUGUAGUGGGAGUGCUGGACCUCUGUCGGGACACGGAGGAAGUGGAAGCCAUUUUGAAUGGAGAUGUUACUGCUGAGAAGGAGGCGGGGAAGGGCCUUCGCUCUCUCCUGAGCAGGGUCAAACUGGCCAUCAAGUACGAGGUGAAAAAGUUUGUGGCCCACCCCAACUGCCAGCAGCAGCUGCUGACGAUCUGGUAUGAGAACCUGUCGGGCCUGAGGGAGCAGACCAUCGCUGUGAAGUGCCUGGUGGUGGUGGCGGUGGCUUUUGGUCUGCCCCUACUGGCCAUGGGCUACUGGUUUGCUCCCUGCAGUCGGCUGGGAAAUGUCCUGCGCAGCCCCUUCAUGAAGUUUGUGACCCACGCCGCCUCCUUCAUCAUCUUCCUGUGCCUGCUGUUGUUCAACGCAUCGGACCGCUUCGAGGGCAUCAGCACCAUGCCAAACGUGACCGUCACUGACCAUCCCAUGCAGAUCUACCGGGUCAAGACCACCGAAUUCAGCUGGACCGAGAUACUCAUCAUGGUCUGGGUCACAGGGAUGAUGUGGUCGGAGUGUAAGGAGUUGUGGACCGAGGGGCCCAGGGAGUACAUGCAGCAGCUGUGGAACGUUCUGGACUUCGGCAUGCUCUCCAUCUUCAUUGCCGCUUUCACCGCUCGGUUCUUUGCCUUCCUCCAGGCCACCAGAGCCCAGCAGUACGUCAACGAAAAGAUCCACACCACCGACCUCUCCCUAGUGACCUUACCCCCGGAGGUGAAAUACUUUACCUACGCAAGGGACAAAUGGCUGCCGUCGGACCCCCAGCUGAUCUCAGAAGGGCUGUACGCCAUCGCCGUGGUGCUGAGCUUCACACGCAUCGCUUACAUCCUGCCGGCUAACGAGAGCUUCGGACCGCUCCAGAUCUCCCUGGGACGCACGGUCAAAGACAUCUUCAAGUUCAUGGUCCUGUUCAUCAUGGUCUUCCUGGCGUUCAUGAUCGGCAUGUUCAUCCUCUAUUCGUACUACUUGGGUGCCAAGAUCAACCCGGCCUUCACCACGGUGGAGGAGAGCUUCAAGACUCUGUUCUGGUCUAUAUUUGGACUGUCCGAGGUGUCCUCUGUGGUGCUCAAGUACAACCACAAGUUCAUCGAGAACAUCGGUUACGUUCUCUAUGGAAUCUACAACGUGACCAUGGUGGUGGUGUUGCUCAACAUGCUGAUCGCCAUGAUCAACAGCUCCUAUCAAGAAAUCGAGGACGAUGCGGACGUGGAGUGGAAGUUUGCACGCUCCAAGCUAUGGCUGUCGUACUUUGACAACGGCAAGACACUGCCUCCUCCCUUCAGCAUCGUUCCCACUCCCAAGUCCUUCUACCACCACAUCAGGUGGAUAGUCGGCAUGCUGCAUUGCCGACGACGGAGUGUGAAGAAGGAUCUAGAGCUGGGGUUGGACAGUUCAAAGUCCAGGCUCAAUCUCUUCACCCAGUCCAACCUACGCAUUGCAGAGUCCCACAGCAUUCUGAACCAACCCACUUGCUAUCAGCAAAUCAUGAAGCGACUCAUCAAACGCUACGUUUUGAAAGCACAAGUGGACAAAGAAAACGACGAGGUCAAUGAAGGUGAACUGAAAGAAAUCAAGCAGGACAUCUCCAGUUUACGUUACGAACUCCUGGAAGACAAGUCUCAGGCUACAGAGGAGCUGUCCUUGCUUAUCCAGAAACUGACUGACAAACUGAACCUAGGCCCUACCACACGCUUGCUCUACAAGUGACCCCCCCCCCCCCCCAACCCACAGUUCAAGAGAUGCAAGAGGGAAGAGCAUAUCAAAGCAGCCAACAUCCCAGCAUUUCCCCACACCCUCCACAGCAACCCACUGGCCAGGUUGUUUUGUAAAUGACAAUGUGCUAUUUUGCAUGAAGGUAGUUUAAACAGACAAAAACAGCACAAGGAAAUAGCAAAAAGGAUUGCCUCACUGUUCUGUUGCAGGGAGAGGCUGCCCUUAGAUGUUAAGAUUGGGGGAGCGGAAGCUGAUCCUAGAUCUGUACCUAGAGGAAACUUCACCUGAAAGCCACAAUUGUCCAUCACGUCAAAGAUAGUGUUAGUGUUAGAGAUUUGUCAGAUGAAUAUUAAAUAUUGGUGGGGGUUCUAAGCUGACAUGGAAUUGUUUUAAGAUGGUCAUACUAUGGAUCAUUUAGCUAUUUAAAUUAGAAUUUUUGGACCCCUUUUAGGUUUCCCCAAAAAAUGAUUAGAUAAAAUAUUGCAUUUGGCCUUUACUACUUUAGUCCAGAGAAACACAUUGAAUAACACAUUCAAACAGUCAACAAAUAAAUCAUGAUAAACAA